GACAUUAAAGGUCUUUUUUAUUUUAUUUUUUAUUUUUUUAAUUUUGUAAAAAGUUGAAUUUUUCUCUCUCUUACUUUACUCUUUUCUCCUUUCUUCUCUACCAAACCCUAGACUUUACUCUUUUCUCCUUUCUUCUCUACCAAACCCUACGAAAGAAGGUUUUCUCUCAACAUUUCUUCCCUUUCUUCCUUUCUCAAUCUCAUCACUUUCUAAUCUCCCCUUGGCUUCCAGUCAAAACCUUCAUAUUCCCCACCUUCACCAUCGCCGCCGUGAAAUCCGCCUUCCAGAGGCUCCGAAUAUAUAAAAACAGACACACAGAUAGAGGAGUCCGUUCCUCCGGCGUCCAUAUGUCUGCCAAGGACCGUCUCGACCUUCUCAUGCUCUCCCGCCGGACUAUGUCCGAGAUUGCUAUUACUAGGCCUUCUUCAACGGCGGCCUAGUAAUAGCAACAUCUUCUUUCACCUUCCACGGUGACACCAUCUUCGCUCUACUCGACUGCUCAAGCUCCUCCCCUGUUUACUCCCCAACCGGUAUGUUCAACGACCGAAACAACAACAACAACUCAUCUCGAGUGUCGCUUUGCGACAGCAGCCGAGGAAUGCCGAUUUGUGGAUUCUUGUAUGGGUGUAAGCCAAUAGUGAGCCUUAAUAUUCCAAUAUCAGGAUGUUGUGUUUAUACACCUGUGAAUUUUGGGCCUUCUUUUGAGAUGGAUUUGGAGAAGCUUAAGUGUGGUUCUUAUUCUGGGUUUUAUAGCUUUAAUGGAAGAGAAACAGAUGCUGAGAGCUUGAAAUAUGGAAUUGCUAUUAAGUAUAAAUUUGCAAUUGAUAAUGUCUAUCCAAGUUGGUGUUCGAGUUGUGAACAGAGUGGUGGGGUUUGUGGGUAUUCAGGUCCCGUUGGUUCGUUUAUAUGUAAUUGUCCUCCUGGAUUUAAUACAACUACUAAUUGUUUCUUUGGAGCUUCUUUCAAUGGCGUUUCUAAGUUUCUUCCAUUCCAACUUCCAUGUAAGUUUACUUCCAACCCACCUCCUUUUACACCUCUGUUUUUUCUGCCAUUCUUGAUUAUCUUUUACCAUUUCGCUUUUUUAAAUUAAUGUUUGUUUGUUUGUUUUAUUAUUGUUUUCGUAACCAUUUGAUUUUUGGUGUAUGUUUAUAUUAACCAAAAGAGAUGAGUUUCUAGUGGAAUUCUAAAAAAUUAAAAAACAAGUUUUUUAAUAUUAUUUUUCUAUGUUCUCAAUUCUUUGUCUUUGUCUUUGAAGAUAUUGGUAAAAAUAGAUGAUAAAGCAAUACUUUUAGUUGGAAUAAUUGUUGCUAACUUGUAAAAAAACACACACACACCCACACAAAAACACAAAAACAAAAAAUCAAAUAUGUACAAAUGCCCUACAGUAUGAAAUUGUAAACUAAUUGUUAAAUGAUUAAAGUUUUCAAAAUGUUUUGUUUUGUUUUUCAAGACGUGAGUAAAAGACGCUAACUUUUUUUUUUCUUUUUUCACAUUAAAAUGUGUUUGAAUUAAUUAAGUCUAGUUUGGUUUGUAAAAAUUGUUUUAGAAAAUAAAGAAUUCAGAAGAAACAAAAACAAUUUCCUCUUCUAUCACUACAUCUAAAAACAUGUUUUAUUUUUUAAUUUAAAAUGAUAUGAAUUCAAAACUUGUAUUUUAUUGUUAAUUUUAAAAUGCAAUAGUGUAUUUUAAGGUCGUAAUUUCUAAAAACCAAAUUAAGAAAUCGAUAGUUUAUUGUUUUAGAAAAUGGGUGGUAUAUUUCAACGGUGAUUCUUUGAAAUCUUUUUGUGUUGUUAAACAUGUUUUAAUUAUUUUUCUUGUUUUUUUUUCUUUUUUUUUUUUUUGAAAUAUAAAAACUAAAAUUCAACCAAACUUGUUUAUUUAAAAAAAAAUUAGGGUAUUCCACUGAAAAUUAAAAAUUUAUUUAGGAUUGUUCAAAUUGUUUUAAAAUGAAAAAAGAAAAACAUCUCAUAAGUCAUAACUUUAAAGUUUAUUCUCCAACAAGGUCAUUGACGAAAAAAAAUAGCAAUCUGCUUGCCAUGGUUCUGAUGCCUCAAAAGUUUGCCAUCUGCUUUACGCUUGGAUGUUGCUUCAUCAUUGGAUCCUUUUUUGCUCUCAAGGGUCCGAAGAAUCAGCUUGCACAUAUGUUCUCAAAAGAGAGACUUCCUUUUACAGUGAUCUUUAUUGGUAGUAUGUUGGGCACCUUAUAUGUUUCCAUGGGCCUCCACAGCUAUAUUCUGUCAGUUUUCUUCUCUGUAUUACAGUCCCGUUGGUGAUGGAGCUGGUGAUGGAGCUGUUCAGUUGUAUUGGGAAAGGAUUCUGGGACGAAGCUUAGAUUUAAAUGGCCAAGUUCAUCAAAUUGCCCUCAAGGCCAUAGUAAGCUUGUGGGUUGGUGCUGUGAUUAGUAGCUGGUGCAAUUUCAUAAUUGUCUUGUAUGUUGGUCAUUUUCUACUAGAGGAGGAUGAUAAGUUUCUAGAUAAGGUUUGAGCUACAGUUCAGGAAGAGGAAUGUCAAGCCCUUGCUGCAUUUGGUGCCUGUUUCCAAUAUUAAUAAUUGUUUGAAGAAGCAUUUUCGAAACCUUUAAAAUGUCGUGAUCUUUGAAUUUAUAUAAUUCUGUUUGGUUGCAGUUAAUUUUACAAGCGUGUUUUCAUUGUUGGUGGAACCAGACUUGAAUAAUAUGGGAUUUAUGUGCUUUAAGAUAUGAAUGGGAUUUAUUGUUGCUUUAAGAUAUGAAUGGGAUUUAUGUGCAAGUGCUAAUAGCAUUUUCAUUGUUGGUGGAAUCAGACUUGAAUAAUAUGGUUUCCUA